AUGGCGACAACAACAAAACAACGCCUGGCCCUCGCCAUCUGCGACUUCCUCUCCACCUCCCUAACCGACGGCACCCUCUCAUCCGAGGACAAAGACAGCAUCGACGUCGCCAUCAACUGCAUCGGCGAAUCCUUCAAAGUCGACCCCACCGACCCCGCCGCCCUCUCCGCCGCCACCGGCACCCAGAACCUUCUACAGAUCUAUGGCGUCUACGAGAAGCUCAAGUCCACUACUGCCGCCGCCAAACCCACCUCUAAUACCGCCGACACCUCCGACAAGGUAAAGGAACCCACCGAUGAUGAGAAGGCUCGCGCCGAGGACCUCAAGGCCCGCGGCAACCGCGCCAUGGCGUCCAAGGACUACCCCGCCGCCAUCGACCUGUACACCCAGGCCCUAGCCCUGAACCCCCGCAACGCCAUCUACCUAUCCAACCGAGCCGCCGCCUACAGCGCCGCGCGCGACCACGCCAGCGCCCGCGCCGACGCUGAGACCGCCGUCAGCAUCGACCCCAAGUACACGAAAGCCUGGUCGCGACUGGGCCUAGCCCGCUUCGCUCUCGGCGACGCAAAGGGUUCCAUGGAUGCGUACCGACAAGGAAUCGAGCAUGAAGGCAACGGCGGCAGCGAGGCCAUGAAGAAAGGCUUCGAGACCGCAAAGCGACGUGUCGACGAGCUGGAAGUCGAAACCGCAGACGCAGGACCGACCGCACGUGGCGGUGGCGGUGGCCCUGACCUAGGCAGUCUAGCGAGCCUCUUCGGCGGCGGCGGCGGCGGCGGUGGAAACCGCGACGGAGCUGGCGGUGGAGGUGGUCUCCCUGAUCUCAGCAGCAUCAUGAGCAACCCCAUGUUCGCGAGCAUGGCCCAGAACCUGAUGUCGAACCCGGACAUGAUGCAGAACCUAAUGAGCAACCCGCGCCUCCGCGAGAUGGCCGACCGUUUCUCCAGCGGCGGCGGCAUGCCUGACCUAGGCUCUCUGAUGAGCGACCCUAAUAUCGCUGACAUGGCGAGGAAUAUGAUGGGCGGCGGCGGUGGUGGCGCCGAUGAUGGGAGCAACCCCGGAGCCGGACGCGGCGCAGGCCGAUGA